UUUUUGCGUGUUCUCCGUUUAUUAGACUGUUUUUUAUUGUGAUGGUGCAGCGUUAUGUUAACGUGUCCUUUCGAAAUGAGAGAUAGAGCCAGGACGAUGAACAGUGUUAGGCCGUCGGAAUUUACUUCUGAGCUUGCAGAGCUCCAUCGAAAUAGAUCUUCUUCCUUCACAGCGGUGCAGAGACAGAGCUCACGAUCAGGGCCUCGGUAUUCCUUGCAAGUUACCGCUGAUGAAAACAGCUACCUUCUGUCUCUGAAGAUCAUUGGAGCUCAGUCGUUGGCCAAGAAGGAUAUCUUCGGUGCCAGCGAUCCUUAUGUGCGCGUGGAGUUGCAGAAGAUCGAUGGUGAUGUCACCAUCGAAACGUUUCUUACCAAGACCAAGAAAAAGACGUUGAACCCAGUAUGGAAUCAGCAGUUUGUUUUCAAGGUAAAGCCCCAAGAACACAAACUGCUAAUCCAAGUUUUCGACGAGAACCGUCUUACGCGAGAUGACUUCCUCGGCAUGGUGGAGAUACCCCUUUCGACCGUGCCGUCGGAGUCAGCAGCCAGCGCCCGUCCGCCCGUCGUCAAGUAUCCAUUGCGUCCGCGCAGGUCUGUUGCCCGUUCUAGAGUGCGUGGUUACAUCGAAAUCUACCACGCGUUAGUGGGGAGAGUGGGGGAAACCGAAGAGGCGGCGCCUGCUGAAAAUGACUGGGAGAUGGUGGAACCCACUACGCAGGUGGGACAGGUGCAGCCGACGAUAGGCGGGGACCCUCUACCGCCAGGAUGGGAGGAGAGACAGGACGCCAACGGCAGGACUUACUAUGUCAACCACGUAGCCCGUUCUACACAGUGGGAGCGGCCUACUUUCCAACGCAAUAUAAGUACGGAAUCGCAAGCUGAACGCAUGGAGACUGCAGCGACGGAGUUUCAGAGGCGUUUCCACAUUUCGCACGACAACGACGAGACUAACGCUUCGCCGCAGCACCGUCACCAGGAGGAUAGCAAUAGGAGUGAGAGUAACUCUACGGACAACACGCCAUUUACCUCACCCAUUCAUUUACCAAUACAAGAAAAUGACGAGACUACUGAUCAGGGAGAACAGGUCCCUAGAAGUAGCUUCGAAUCCGAUAAUGAUAAUGUACAGGAACAAAACGGCCCGAAUAGUUUAAGUGAAACCGACUGUGAUAUUAGAAAUAAUCAAGAAGACGACGACGUUGUAUGCGCUAAGGAGCGAUUAAAGCAAAACAACGAAGCUCAAGAAUGUGAUAGCGAGGCGGACGCUAGUCAGAAUAAUACCCCCUCGCAACUUGACCAGGACCAAAAUCAGGCCGAAAUUGAUCAGGAAGAAACUGAUGCUGAACCGAGAGACGAAAAUGAACAAGGCCAACCAGUUGAGGAAAACAAUGAAAGUAGAACAACACCUGAAGCGACAAUGGAGAUCGCAGAGGAAGUGAUUCUAAAUUCAAUUGAAACAGCACUGAAUCAGAUAGAGAAUGACGCGCGGGCAAUUGUAGAAUCUACAGAAAGAAGAAAUGAAGGUGAUCAAACGGAUGGUAAUGAGAAUGAGGUGGAAAGGUCUGAGGAGGCGUUGACGUUCGAUGAGAAUCACUUCAGUACACCGGUGGGCGGGUCUUCGCCGGCGCGGACGCCACGUGGCCGCAGACGCCGGACAACCACCAGCUCGCUGGAGGACUCUGAGCAGGACGAGACGGACGCGUCGACAGAGACGAGGAGUAGCAGCGCCAGUAGCGCGCAGAGCCAGAAUCUGCCCAGUAGCGAUGGUCUACCUCUCGGCUGGAGUAUGCAGCGCGCGCCAAACGGCAGGAUAUUCUUCAUCGACCACAACGAUAAGACCACCACGUGGAUUGAUCCAAGGACAGGUUGCGCGUCCAGUUUGCCGAGCGCAGCCGCGGCCAGCGCGGGCGCGGAGUCCGACGACCUGGGGCCUCUGCCCGAGGGCUGGGAGGAGAGGGUGCACACAGACGGCCGCAUCUUCUUCAUCGACCACAACACGCGGACGACACAGUGGGAGGACCCUCGGCUGUCGAAUCCGCAGAUUGCGGGCCCCGCCGUACCUUAUUCGCGGGACUACAAACGCAAGUACGAGUACCUCAAGAGCCAGUUGCGCAAACCGAGCAACGUACCGAACAAGUUCGAGAUAAAGGUCCGACGCAACUCGAUCUUGGAGGACUCUUACCGCAUCAUCAGCUCCGUGAGUCGCAUCGACCUGCUAAAGACCAAACUUUGGGUCGAGUUCGAGUCGGAAGUUGGGUUGGACUACGGCGGCCUAGCUCGCGAAUGGUUCUUCCUGCUCUCCAAAGAGAUGUUCAACCCUUACUACGGCCUGUUCGAGUACUCGGCGAUGGACAACUACACCCUGCAAAUAAACCCCAACAGCGGCGUCUGCAACGAGGAGCACUUGAACUACUUCAAGUUCAUCGGCCGGGUCGCCGGCAUGGCCGUUUAUCACGGGAAGCUGCUUGACGCUUUCUUCAUCCGUCCGUUUUACAAGAUGAUGUUGGGCAAACAGAUCGAGCUCCAGGACAUGGAGUCCGUUGACCUCGAGUACUACAACUCACUCAUGUGGAUCAAGGAAAACGACCCGUCCGAGCUGUACCUGACAUUCGCCGUGGACGAGGAGCAGCUGGGGCAGACGCUGCAGCGCGAGCUCAAGCCCGGCGGGGCCAACAUUCCCAUCGACAACGACAACAAGGACGAGUACAUCAAACUAGUAAUUCAAUGGCGAUUCGUGAACCGGGUGCAAGAGCAGAUGCUCGCGUUCCUGGAGGGGCUGGGGCAGCUGGUGCCGUUACCGCUGCUCAAGAUCUUCGACGAGAACGAGCUGGAGCUGCUGUUGUGUGGCAUUCAGCACAUCGAUGUUAAAGACUGGCGCUCAAACACGCUGUACAAAGGAGACUAUCAUGCUAAUCAUCUUGUGGUACAAUGGUUCUGGCGGGUGGUGCUGUCGUUCUCCAACGAGAUGCGCUCGCGCCUGCUGCAGUUCGUGACGGGCACGUCGCGCGUGCCCAUGAACGGCUUCAAGGAGCUGUACGGCAGCAACGGGCCGCAGCUCUUCACCGUCGAGAAGUGGGGCACGCCCGCCAACUACCCGCGCGCGCACACCUGUUUCAACCGCAUCGAUCUUCCACCCUACGAGAGCUACCAGCAGCUGCGUGAAAAGCUCAUUAAGGCAAUUGAAGGAUCGCAAGGCUUCGCUGGAGUUGACUGAUACCCGACCAUAUACAUCCCGAGCCGC